UGGGGGUUUUAAAAAAUAUAUGCUAUAGAUUGAAGAUGGUGAAAUUGUGAACACCUCAAAACCCUACCGUUUUUAUUCUUAAGAAAUGAUGCACGUGAACGCUCGCGAGAGGGUGAGAGCAAGAAACGCUAUUUAGUAGUUCAUCGGUCAUUUUUUUCUUUCCCUGCUUCUAAGCCUGCUGUUUCGGGGGGAAAAAAAAUGUCUUUUGUAGGUAAAGCAACCGGCAGGGUUUUCGAAGGUUGCAGAGUAUUGUUGGCGGCGGCAAAGGGUGGCACCUCCAGAUCAUCGUCGGCUGCAACCACCACUCCAGCUGCGAAGCGGCCGUCGCCGUCAGCUAAAUCAUCACCGUCAAAAUCAUCGUCAUCAUCCAGAAACAGCAAUGUCGGGAGUGGGCCCAAGCGGCCCACCGGCAUUACGAAGGCCUGGCCUGUUUCUCCUGCCCUCUGCGACUUCUUGGGCGUUGCAGAGGCCUCUCGCACUGACGCCGUCAAGAAAAUCUGGGACUACAUCAAGCUCCACAGCCUCCAGAGCCCCACAAAUAAGAGGGUGAUUCAUUGUGAUGAGAAACUGAAGACCAUAUUUGCUGGGAAAGAAGAAGUUAGCUUCCUGGAGAUUGGGAAAUUGCUGUCUGCCCAUUUUGUAAAGACUUGACCGCCGAUUAGAUAUCAACUUCCGGUCUUGAAUCCUUUGGAAUCUGUUAUUUUGCUAGAAUGUUUUUUUUGUUUUUGUUUUAGAUUACUCUUUGGGUUGUGGUUGCAACUGAAGGAACCUAUUUGGGCAUCUUUGUAAAGGAGUAGGUAGUGGGGUAAACUGAGUUUAUAGAAGUCUUGUUCUGAUUUCAGUCUCAACUUUAAAAGUUGUGCUGGUGACCAUUGGCAGAUGAUGGGAUGGAUUCACAAUGUUGCACCACCUCUCUCCUUGACAGAUUCUGUGACAUUUUAAAUUGUCUUAACACAGGUUGCGCGUAAUAUUUAUGAAGGUGUCCUUGCAUGGAAGGUUGCAUGCAAGCCAAUGCUGGAUUUAUUGUUAUUAUCACUGGAAAAAUUAUAUAAGGUUUUUAUGUUU